AUGGCUGUCGCUGAGAAGGCUCGCUUCUACUUGGAGCGUUCUGUCCCCCAACUGCGUGAAUGGGAGGAAAAGGAAAUCUUCACAAAGGAUGAGAUCCGUACAAUCGUCCAGAAGCGCAGCGACUUUGAGCAUCGCAUCCUUGCCCCCCGCUCCAACCCCGACGACUUCAGCGCCUAUGCGAAGUGGGAGCGUUCUCUCGAGACCCUGCGCGCAAAACGCUGCAAACGCAUGAAGAUCGGCUACGUGACCUCUCAACAUGCCUCCCAGGCGCGUGUGCUCGCCAUCUACGAGCGUGCCGUGAGCAGACACCCCGGAAGGAAGGACCUGUGGCUGGAAUAUCUCAGCUACACGGCAGAGGUCAAGGCCACGAAGCGAUGGCGGCGAACCAUGGCCUCGGCCCUGCGCAUGAUGCCGACCGAUGCCGAACUUUGGGUAUUUGCCGGCCGUCGUGCCGCUGCGAACGGAGAUAUGGGCGGUGCGAGAGGGUAUUUCAUGCGCGGGUGCCGAUUCUGCACGAGCGAAGGAACUCUUUGGAUCGAGUACGCGCGGUGCGAGAUGGAUUGGCUGGCCAAGAUGGAGGCGAAGAAGGCCAGCGGCAAGAAGAAGGACGCGAACCCUCUGGCGGGUGAGAAGAUGGAUGACGACGACGAGAUCCGGUUCAUCGACGACGAGGAUGAGGACGAGGAUGCCGAUGACGGCCUGAAGCUGCCGGUGCCCAGCGGUGAGAAGAAGAAGGUACUGGACGAGGAGGCGACGGCCAAGUUGAAGAACAACCCCGCCAUGGACGGCGCUAUACCCAUUGCCAUCUUCACCGUCGCGCAAAAACAGCCCUUCUUCAACCCCGAGGUUGCCGAGAAGUUCUUCGACAUGUUUGCGACCUUCACCAAGGUCUCGUCGCAGGCCAAGAUCAUCCAACACGUCGUCGAUGCCAUGCAGGAACUCGACGCCGCGCACCCCGCCACCUGGAAUUGCUACAUCCGCCUGCCCCUCGUCGGCGUCAGCCCGGACACGCCCGAGUUCCCUCUCGGACUCAGGGACGUCCUGGCGCGGUUGGGCAAGGGCCUGGAGGAGACCUCGGACAAGGAGACACUGCGGAAGAAGAGCCUGGUGUGGAUCGAGCUGGCCCUCCUGUUCAAGGGCCUGGACGAGGGUAUCAGGACUGUUUUGGAGCAUACGAAGAACAAGCUGCUGGCAUAG